AUAAUGAUGUACCGAUUUUCAGGUACCGGCGCUCCCGGUGGCGGCGGGUGUGAUCCUGCAGGGGAGCUCUCGUUGUCUUUCUCGCCCAGCCGGCAACGAAAGCAGCAGCAUCCAUCUCCGAGUCAUCCAAGCUUCCAAGCCCUCUCUCUCUCUCUAAGAUGGAGUCGGCAAUGGAGUUGCCUGAGUGCCCGGUUUGCCUGCAGGCCUACGACUGGACGGCGACGGUGCCGCGGGUGAUGGCAUGCGGGCACUCGGCGUGCGAGGUAUGCCUGGCCGCCCUCCCCAUCCCUCGCCCCAACCUCCCCGACGCCGUCCGCUGCCCCGCCUGCACCCAGCUCGUCCCCCUCCCACGCUCCCCCGGACCCUCCGCCCUCCCCAAGAACCUCGACCUCCUCCGCUUAUCCUCCUCCUCCUCCUCCUCCUCUCCUUCCCCAAUCCCCAAAUCCAAACACAGUCCUGAUCCCGAUGCAUCCCCUCCCCUGGACUUUUUCCCUCUACCCUGGACCCAAUCCCUCCUCCCCGCCUGGAAGCACUUCAUCCUCCCCCAAGACGCCCUGUCCCUUCUCUCGCUCGGAGCAGCAACGACGACAGACAUCUCGACGGCUACCAUCUCUACGCCUCUCGGCCGGCCCUGGUGCUCCCGGCAGAACCAGCGAGUGAGCCUGUUUCCCAUCGACACUUCUCCUUUUCUCUCCUCUUUGUCUUCCACCGAGUCGUCCCAGUGGUUUCGGCUAAGCUACACGGUGCGUGUGUUGGAAGCUCUGUAUCAGUUGGGCGAUGGGGUGAGAGACGAAUUGGGUCUUCUUGUGGAUGCCUCGAUAAGGCAUCAGCGGGGAUUAUGUAAAGUUUUCGGGUUGUGGAUGGGUGGGGAACAGGAAAAAUCUCGCCUUUGCUUGGUUUGUGAGAGGUUUGGUCGCAAUCUUGCUGAUGUGUUGAGAGACGGGAAGAGGUUUAGUGGUGGUGGAGUGGAUGGUGGGAAUCUUUUGCAUAGUUUUGGGAUGGUGAGCAUGGAGCUGUGUGAGGUGGUGAUGGAUUUGCAUUCGCAAGGGUUGGUGGCUGGAUGCUUGGCACCGUCCUGCUUUUGCUUCGAUGAUUUCGGGCACGGUCUUUUUGAUGUCAAUCAGGUUUUGCUAUCAGGGAGGAGAAUCCGGGAGAAUGCUAGUGCUAUGUCUUCCAGAAAAGGCUGUGAUGGUCCCAACCUGGUUGAAAGCACAGCUUUUUUAAGCCCAGAGGUGUUUGUUUCAUUGUUCGGAAAGGAUGUUGCUAAUGACUCUGGUUUUGAUAGCUCAGUGGGAUAUGGAACGGAUGUUUGGUCGUUGGCUUGUAUAUUGGUCAUGAUUCUUUUGGGCAACGCCAAUCUGGCAGCAGAACUAGUUGAAAGUCUCUCUGGCAUCCUUGCAGAAGGGAGUUGCAAAAAAUUUGCUGAAGUAUAUGAUGUUUGGAAGGAGAAGGUAGUCUCCAAGUUGGAAGCUUUAUUAAUGGAGACAAAGUUUGAGCCAUUGCUCCAGAUUCUUACUUCUUGUUUGAAUUAUGAACCAGAGAGCCGUCCUCAAGUGAUUGAUAUUUGGCAUUGUAUUUGCAGUCUGUUCACCAAGACCUGUGCUGAUGAUUUGGCCGCUUCUGAUGUUUUAGUAGCAAAGGAGAAUGUUUUAUGUUGCUUAGUUCUUGGGAGCAUAUGCUCCCUGCGACACAAAGAAGCUGACAGCAUUUUGCCAAGUCAAGGGAAUGACAACAUUUCUAGAGAUAAUCCAUAUGAAGACAUGCUGGGUAGCAAUGAAAGCAAUGCUGAUCACUUGCAGCAGGGGAAAGAUGACAAUAACCUAGUCAAAGGGCUGCACGGUGGUGGUCUUAGAUCUGUCGCUCUUCAAGAUCAUCGUGACUGUGUGACAGGAUUGGCGAUUGGAGGGGGGUUUUUGUUUAGCUCUUCUUUUGAUAAAACAAUCAACGUAUGGUCCCUGCAGGACUUUUCUCAUAUACAAUCUUUGAGAGGUCAUGAGCAUAGAGUCAUGGCUAUUCUUGUUGUAGAUGAUACAAGCCAGCCGAUUUGUAUAAGCGGUGAUAGUGGGAGUGGUAUUUUCAUCUGGACCAUUAGCACCUCUCUUGGGAAAGAACCGUUGAAGAAAUGGUACGAGCACAAUGAUUGGCGAUAUAGUGGCAUCCACGCUUUGGCUGUCUCAGCAACAGGGUUCCUGUACAGUGGUAGUGGGGACAAGUCCAUAAAAGCUUGGUCUUUGCAGGAUUACUCCCUUUCAUGCACCUUGACCGGUCACAAGUCAACUGUUUCUUCUUUAGCAGUGGCUGAUGGGAUUCUUUACAGUGGAAGUUGGGAUGGAACCAUACGUUUGUGGUGGCUUCAUGAUAACUGCCCUUUGUCAAUCUUAGAGAAUGAGACACCAGAAAAUUUGGCCCCGGUUUUGUCACUUUCAAUUGAUAACAACUUGCUUGUUUCAUCCUACGAGAAUGGUUUUCUAAAGAUGUGGAGGAAUGAUGUGCUGGUGAUAUCAGAGCAAAUUCAGAGUGGUGCUAUUUUUGCCCUUCACUUGGACAAAAAAUGGCUUUUUACAGGAGGAUGGGAUAGAAUCAUCAGUAUAAAGGAAUUGUCACAAAAUGAGUUAGAAAUGGAUAUUAAAACUAUCGGCUCUAUUACAUGCAACUCAGUCAUAACAUCUGUGCUGUACUGGCAUGGGAAGCUUUUCGUUGGAUUCUCUAAUGGGGAGAUCAAGAUGCACUGUUACAAAUCUUGACGAGGAUUACCAGAGAAUUCCUAAACCAUGAACGGCCAUGAAGGUCUUAGAAGACACCAGGAUAAGAUUCAGAAUCAGAAGAUUUAUAUUUGCUUUAACCGAAGUACUAAUUGAGGGUACUUUUGCUUUCAUUGGCAAGUUGUGGUAAAUUUCUAUUGGAUGUAACUUCUCUAUUUUGCCUGUGUAACUAUGUAUAUGUACCCAGAUGUACUUUAGAUGAAUGUGAUUACAACAAAUUGUUAUCAUCUAUUGGAUGCCUGUGAGUGAUAAUGGCUAAGGGUUCAAAUGUUGUUAGGUAGAGGGGUGUAAUCCUGGAGCAGGCCUUGUUAUGCAUGUUGUAUGUUAUGUCUUGAGAAAAGAUCCACACUGAACUCUCAGUGAUAAAGAAGUUAAAACAAGAUUUUUGUUAUGCUGUAUGUCAAUGUUGUAAGAAAGGAUCCACUCUGUAACUGUCAGUGAUAAUGGCCAAGGGUUCAAAGUUCAAA